AUGUGCAACAUCAGUAACGGUGAUUUCUCGUUGACCACGACUAUGGACCUGGAUGAGGUCAAAGACGCCGUUCGGCGCUGGAGACACGACUUCAAUCGGCUGACCUUCGAGCGGCAGCGCCACCACGAGGAGCUGGAGCGACUGCGACUCCACGAAAAGCUCUUCGAGGACAACGAGAAGCUGCUGCGCCAGGAGAACGCCGCUCUCAAGUCUCAGCUGUCGAACCACUGCCUGGUCCUGGACAGGCUCAAGAAGCUGCGAGUCCAGUACGACGCCCUCAAAGAGGACCUGGACGACGCUCGGGCCACGAUGUGCGCCAACGUCCUGGAGUGCGACGAGAAGAUGGACGAGAAGCAACGGGAAUGGGAGCGGCUGGUUAGGGCAAACGCGGAGGAACUUUCGGCUUGCGAGGCUGCGGCGAACCAGAAGCUCGAGUCUGAACGCCGGGCUCACGAGGAGAGAAUGGACGAGGUGCUCAAAGAGCUCGAAGCGCAGCGAGCUAAGAUGAAGGCCAUGGAACAGCAGCACAGAUGCGAGCUCAUCGCCCUUCAGCUCGAACGGGACGAGCAGCUGAUGCAGAUGGAAGGCAAGCUGCGCAAGCUCCAGUCCUCCGGACACGACGUCUGCCGCCAGAAGUACGCCGCACUUCACCGAGAACUGACGGACCUCAAGGCCAGGAUGACCAGCAACGACGACGACAUCGUCGGCUCCAGUCCCGACGAACGAGGCGUAGCAAACGGAAACUCAACGCCCGUCGUGGGUUUUCAGCCAUCAUCGACUAAACAGAGAAACGACGUGCAUCGCGGGGCCGCCAAUGACAACCACGAGGUUCACGAGAUCAGCGAGGACGAAGGCGAAGCGGAAGCGAUCCUUCCUACGUUCGAAGCACCUUCAGGGGUUGGGGAUAACGCCGAAGGUGUGAUCGGUAGUCCCGGUGGCCAGAGCCGUUCGGCGCAACCGGCUGGAGCCGGCAAAGAUGCCGCAAAACCCAGAGCGAGUCACGAGGCUUUAAUAACAGCGAGUCCGGUGCCAGAUGCACGAAUCAACCAGGCUAGUCGAGACGUUCGUCUUCAGGCGGCAACACCUCGAGGUUUCGUAUGCCCCAGAAAGCCACCUGGAAGUCCUGCUCACGUGUUACCUAAAGAAAGGCCGAAGAGACGCAAGUUGCUUUUGGAGGUGGAGGACGUGCUGUUUGUCGACGCGGAGUGAACCAUCUUCCUUGUUGCAAACGGGUUGCCAGACCUCUUCGCUCGCUUAUCUGUUUUUAUUAAUCUUCUUUACGCUUGCAGGUAGAGCAGAG